AUUUUCUUCUCUUUUUUCCAAAACCAACAUUCUUAAUUCUUUCAUUUCAACAGCCACACGCAUUCAUGUCAUCUCCAGGCAAGGACUUCAACUCGGAGGGCGAUGUUCGUCCUCCUUCUGACCUCAAUGUUCUCCCUGACUCUGAGACGCCUGCCACUCUAAAUGUUGUGUCGCCCGCGACUGAAGUGGCGGCUUCGAAGAAGCCUCCAGGAUCACCACAAGUAACGGCGGAGGAUUCGUUCCAUGAAGACGCAGGCAACCUCGAACUGCACUCUAGUGUCGCUCAACCAGGCGCGACUACGAAUGAUAAUGCUCCCGCCGAUACACAACAAUCGAACGGAAGUGCAACAGUUGUCCCUGUUGCCCCUGUUGCCCCUCUUGCCUCUGUUGCCUCUGUUGCCCCAAUUACCCAAACAACAACUACCGCCCCAGCAACAGCAGAAGUGCCUACAGAUGGUAAUAUAACGACGCCUGCUGCUUCUGAGAGAGAAGCCAAGCUCGCUAUCUUGACUGAGGCUUUUCCAACAGUGGAGAAGGAGGUUUGUGAGUUUGUGUUGGAGAGCCACCGUGGGAAUGUUGAAGCAAGCAUCAAUGCUCUUCUUGAGAUCUCCGACCCCGAGUUUCGGCCAGAGCCACAACAAGCUGUUGUGCCCCCACAUCUCGCUCCUGCUCCAACUUCUAACGCAACUGUCUCAAAUGUUCCCCCGGCGUUGCCUCGCCGUCAAACCCAUGAUAGUUUGACCCAGGGUGUAGACAAUUUAAGUCUUGGACAGAAUCAGAAUCAGAAUCAGAACAGACCACAGGCAGAACUUGAUCCUAUUUUCUUGGCAUCAACAUCCACCUCCGAGCAGCAAUUGCGCGCCGACGAAGACUAUGCUCGUACUUUGGCAGCAAUGGAAGAAUAUAGAGCUCGCGAAAGGCAGAAUGUUCAUAAUCAACAGGGCCAACAGCAAAAUCAUCAAGAGCAGGAGGGACCAUCAUUCACUCAAGAGUUUAAAGAACUCAUGGAUGAGGAACUUCCCAAGAUUAAAGAGCGGUUUAAUGUGGCUGCAGACACUACCAAGAAAAAGGUCACUGAAUGGUACAACCAAUUCAAGGCAUCCAGAGCUGAGGCAGCUCAGAGAAACAAUCAACAUCAAAAUCAGCAGCAGGAUAGUGAACACUGGCUAAGGCAUGACGAUGCGAACCCAACUCGAUACGAGUCCCGUCUAGACGAUGACGCACCUCUUGCUCACAACAGGACGACUCCUCCUUUGAGUGGCAGCGGCUCCACUCCCCCUCUUCCAGCUAGACCUUACGAUAUCAAUAGCCAACCAUUAGCGUCUGAGGCGACGGAGCCUGUUUCGAAUUCAACAAAUACUCGCCGUACCACUCUUGAGGAUGAACUUGACACUGCAAUGAAUACCCAAACGACCCCAAGACGACUUUAAAAAAAAAGAAAAAAAAA